UCGCCUGACUUUUAUCUUUUUCGUCCAUUCGCCAAGAUGACUCUCAUCACGAGGUUCAUCCAGAAUGAAGCGGCGAAGAAUGAUCCAAAGGAGAUCUACAACUGGAGGGUGUAUCUGCUCUGCGCCAGUGCUUGCUUCGGUGGUAUGCUGUUCGGAAUGGACACUGGCAUCAUCGGAGGCGUCCUCAAGCUCGAUCCUUUCAGAGCGAGAUAUGGUCUUCCCAAAGCCGGCGAGAACAAGACCCUGUCCGCUAACCUCGAAGCGAACAUCGUGUCGACUCUACAGGCCGGAUGCUUCGUUGGUGCGUUGGCGGCGUUCUAUGUCGCAGACAAGCUCGGGCGACGCUUGGGUUUGAUGAUUGCUGCGGUGCUUGCGACUAUCGGCGCUGUUUUUCAGGCGUCUGCGGCUGGGCACUUUCCUGUGCUGUAUAUUGGGAGAUUCGUCGCAGGUGUCGGUGUCGGAGCCGCAUCGAUGAUCACUCCUCUCUAUACAUCCGAGAACGCCCCUCGAGCCAUUCGUGGAGCUCUGACUGGCAUGUAUCAAUUUUUCAUCGUGACUGGAGUGUGUAUUGCAUUCUGGAUCAACUACGGCUCUCUCCUCCACAGCUCCGGCACGAGGCAGUACGUGGUUCCACUGGCGUUGCAGGGUCUGCCAGCCAUUCUGCUAUUCUUUGGAAUGCUCACCAGCAGUGAGACACCGCGAUGGCUCGCCCGACAAGACCGCUGGGAAGAAGCUGGCGCCGUUCUCUCCCGCAUUCGCCAUCUUCCCCAAACCCAUCCGUACGUCCAAACCGAGAUCAAAGAAAUGUUCGAGCAACUCGAGUGGGAGCGCCGAAUCAUCCGCGGAGCUCGACCCAUCGAUCUGCUGCGUGAGAUGUUCACCAUCCCCGGCAACCGCAAGCGAGCAUUUAUCACCAUCGGCUUGAUGAUAUGCCAGCAGAUGACUGGAACGAACGCAAUCAACUACUACUCGCCCACCAUUUUCUCCAACCUCGGGCUCACCGGGACCGUCAACUCCCUCUUUGCCACGGGCGUCUACGGCGUCGUCAAAAUGGUCGGCUGCGCGUUCUUCCUGCUCUUCGUCGCCGACUCUCUUGGGCGGAGGAAGUCCUUGCUCUGGACUUCCAUCGCGCAGGGCUUGUGCAUGUACUACAUCGGGACGUACAUCCGCAUCUCUCCGCCUAAAGCGGGAUCUGCGGUUCCCCCUGCGGGAUAUGUUGCCAUUGUGGCGAUCUAUCUUUUCGCUACACUCUUCCAAUUCGGAUGGGGUCCGGUUUGCUGGAUUUAUGUAUCUGAAAUCCCCACCGCUCGACUCCGUGCCAUGAACGUCGCUCUCGGAGCCGCGACGCAAUGGCUCUUCAACUUCGUUGUAGCUCGAGCCACGCCCAAUAUGAUCGCUACGGUUGGAGAAGGCGGAUAUGGGGCAUACUACAUCUACGGCACAUUCUGCUUCCUCAUGUUCAUCUUCACCUGGUUUCUCAUUCCAGAGACGAAGGGGGUAUCUUUGGAGAAGAUGGAUGAGUUGUUUGGCGCUAAGGGCGAGGUGGAGAUCACUGCUGUUGAGAGCAGUAGGUAA